UCAUUGGGCCAUGACGAACCCGUUGUAAAUGCGAACUUGCUCACAAAACACACACCAGUAGUUCACAAUCCGUCCAAAUAUAUCUCGUGGUGGUAUGCGACCAAACACUGACUUUUUAUUGUUUAAAUCAUACUCAGCGGUUUACGAGGUUGGACUUUAGGAAAUAUGUUUUAAGGAUGUCAUGUAUGUUGAUCCCAAAAGAAACAAAUUCACAAGGAACCGUAAUUCUGAGCGAAAUCAACUUCGAUCAACUUGGAAUAUUUGUGACUGUCUCCAUGGCAUGAAUCUCGUCGAGCUCCCUGUUGUUGUUGAUGAUUCGACUGAUGUUUAAUUGAUUCACACUGGGACAGAAAGACAAACCAAGAAAAAGAACUUGACUGUAUCAUCAUCCAUUAUGAAUUGGAGAUAAAAAAAGUUGGAUUGUAAUUAAUUCAUAACCUCUGUUUCUAAGUGUCAAAUCACCAACAUAAAUCAGGAUCCUUUCAAGAUGUCUGGAGCUGCAGAUGAUGAUUCAGCACCAUCGAUCAGCACACCUCAGUCUCCCGAGGGUACAGAUGGAGCACCGGAUGUGACAGUGACUGAAAGCAAGCCAGAUACCCCCCAUAGCAAUGCAGAAGAGGAGGAUGCAUCAAAAGGCCAAUCAAAGAGUGAGACUCAAACAGAACCAGGAAAUGAGGAUGGUGAAACAUCAAAACUAGAAGAUGCUCCACCAACAGACAAUGCUGCACCAGUGGAUGAAAAGAAUGUAGGACCAUCCGGUGAAGAGAAUACUGAGAACAAGGAGGAUGCAGUUGACGGAACAAUCAAAGCGGAAGAUACACCUGCAGAUGGUGAAGCAGAGCAAAGUGCCCAGCAGGAAACUCCUCCUACCACUGAGGAGGAGAAAGGUGAGCCUGCACCAGAGACAGGGGAGACUGAAGCUGUUAAACAGGAGGAUGUUGAACCUGGAGGACAGGAUGAUGAAGCACAAGCACAGCCAAAUGAUACAGAGCAGAAGGAAAAUGACAUGGGGGAUGUUGUUGAGGGUGAAGAGGCCAAAGAGCCAGCAAAGGAAGAUGGUGUGGCAGUAACUGAAGACAGUGCCAAGGAUGAAGAAAAAACAGAUGAAGUGGGUUCUGUUGACCAAAAAAUCUCAGAGAAUGAGAGCGAAAAUGUUGCAGACACUGGUGCAGAUGAGGGUGAAAAUGCCAAAGACAAUGUUAAAGAUGAGCAACCAGCACAAAGCACAGAGUCAGAACCAACAACUGAUGUUCCAGAAAGUGAUACCAGGGAGACACAAUCGAAUGCAGAUGACACCCCUCAAGAAACUGAGAACCCAACAACAGAAGCAUCAAAUGAGAAUGUAGGGAAUGAACCUACGUCAGGGAAUGUUGAGGACAUGAAUAAUGAAUGUGCUAAGGACAAUGCUGAAUCAAAACCAGAAGACACCAUUGCAAACACGAAUACUAGUGAUGUUUCUCCAAACUCUGGAGAAAGUACAGAACAAGUGGAACUCUCUGAGUUAGACUCUGUGAAGUUGGAAAAUGAUCACUUGAAGGGAAGAGUUAAAGAGCUUGAGGAAGAGAUAGAGGGAAUUAAAGAAGGGCGAAAGGAAGGAAUAAAAAUCCAAGCAGCUUACCUUGCUCGGGAAGUCAGUCAACAGCAAGAUACCGAAAAAUACCUCAGAGAGAAACUUGCAGAGAAUCUGCAAGAGAAAGAAGAAAGUGACCAACGGGUGAAAGAUAUGCAGCUACGCCUCAAGCGAUUCGCCAAGGAUGAUCAGGCGAAAGACACCCGGUUAGCCAAGAUGGAGAAAGAGCUUCGUGAAGUAACGCAUGAGGUUCAGAUCUUGGAGAAUAUGUUGGAUGAAGACACACUUCGUAUGGUGCGGGAGCAAAAAUCAGGUGGAAAUGUCAAUGGACCAAGCAUUGCAGGAAAAAAGAAAGGACCUGCUUCACCUCCUCCACCACAAUCAAAGACUUGUGUUAUUUUGUGAAACUCUUCAUUUAACUCAUAGAUAUAUAUUAGUGUGGAUGCUUGUAAUGUGAAUGAGAAUGGUAAGGGUGCCAAACAGGUGACAACAAACAAGAUAGAUAUUGUAUAAAAAGAUGAAGAGAAUUUACAAAGAAUAGUUUAGGAAAGAACAGCAUGGUCCUGUCUUUCAAAGAGUCGCAACUAUGGAAAUCCAGCUUUGUCAACAUCUAAAAUUACAUAUUUGUUCAAUUGUUUUCUUGACAGUUCAGUA